AAUUAAAACUAAUCCUAAGCUCUUUUUAUCUUCGCCUUAAAAAUAACCCUGAUUAUUGCUGAAUUAAGCAUAGGAGUGUUUACCCGAGUUCCACCUCGGGGUUUUGCAGGUAAUCUUGGAAUACAAGCACGGAUUGAAGAAGGACUUCAGGUUUGCUGCGAUUACAGAACUCCAUAGCGAAGCGAGUUUUUACCAGUUUCACUCGGCCGAGUCACGGGAUUAACUCAUUGAGUCAUGGCAAUCGUCAGCUUCAGCAAUUGAGAGGGAUACGAGUGAGGGUAAGGAAUGGGAAGCUGGAGCAGGCACUGGGAUUUAUGCAGAGGAUUAUGCAAUCGAGUGGGAUCGAGCGCCUGAUAAAGGAACAGCGGACCCAUCACGUCAAGAACUCGGAGAAAAGAGUUCUGGCGCGGAAGAACCUCGAGCGUAAGAUUCGAUCCCAGGAGCUUUCUCGGAAGCUCCAGUCCAUCCUUAACCAGAAAGUCAGGGGUCUAUGAGUACAUCUCUCGGUGCAAAAGCUGUCAACUUGCUGGAGAUUGCAUUUUUCUUCUGAAUUUAGGGAUCAUGCUAUGCAGGCAUUCUUUCUAAACCCAUUAACCCAAUAAGUUGGGAGGCAGUGUAGGCUCAACAAUUGUUGUAAUCAAAUUCUAUAACUAAUUUAGUUUCUCAAGCACAUAAUAAAAAUCUACUUGCUUU